GGUCUUCUACAGCAGUCAUUUUUGGACGCGGUUCGUGCCCAUCGACUCUGUAUGACGGGCGUCCGCUACGAUGUCAAGGCCAUGGAGAUGCAACUGCCGCCCGUCUCGAACGCGUUCCACUGCUCCGCGUACAAGAUGGCCAUGAGCCACCGCCGCGAGAAAAACUCGCUGUUCCAGCGGACGCUCAUUGGCAUGGACGGCCUGUAUGAAGUCACGUUUUACGAACGAGAUCUCGGUCUCCGCCUCGACGUCAGCGCUAACGGCGACAUCACUGUGCACACGAUCAAGGCGACGCCGGCGCUGCCGCCCAAGUCGACCCGCAGCGUAACGACGACGACGACGACGCCGCGACCGCCAACGUCGAACGCCGAUCUGCUUGUGCCUGGCGACGUUCUUGUGGCGGUCGGCUGCAUCGGUGUCCGCCACAGCGACAAGGUGUCGCUGACGGAAGUCGCCGAGCUCAUCCAGGUCCAAGCCCGGCCGAUCCGGCUCGUCUUCGAGUCGCAGGUCGCACGCACGCUCCAGCUCCAGCUCCAAGAGACACUGAGUCGGCUCGUGUUUUCGCCGCUGCUAUCCGCGCACUUUGACGUUGGCGCGUCGACGCGCGACCUUGUCUUCCAGACGUCGCUCGAGAUGGUCGUCGACUUUAGCUACAGUCUCUACGCGUGGUUUGACCCGCUCCGUGUCGUGCACGUUGUCCUCUUUGAUGACGUACUCCUCGUCACCGAGGCCAAAGACAAGGGCAAAUCGCGCUCCAAGCUCGUGGUCAAGCACCUCUUUCCGCUUCAACUGCUCCAUGUGCGGGAUCUCAUGGCGUCGACCGACUACAUCCCGUCAAGUUUCGAGCUCGUGCACCCGAGCAAGACGUUUACGUUCAUUGCGCGCGACGAACGCGCGAAGAAGGAAGCGCUGGAUGCGCUUGGGAUGGCACUCGCGCUCGCGUCCAACGCCAACCCGAGCGCGCGCGGGUGGCAGUACCAGUUUUCCACCGGCUCGUUGCACCAGUGCGCGCUCCAAGGCAACCUCAAAAGCAUCGAGCUCCUUGCCUCGCGCCGCGCCGACUUCGACGAGCAGGACGUCAACGGGUGGACGCCACUUUUUUACGCUGCGGUGCGCAACCACGUCAAGGUCGUUCGGCUCCUCGCGCGUCUUGGCGCCAACGUCAACGUCGUCGACGAGUUUGGUCUUGGCGCGCUCCAUUAUGCGUGCUUGUACCAGUGCCCAUCGAGCGUCGACGCCCUUUUGCAGGCCGGUGCCUCCACCAACGCGCGCGACGUGUAUGGUCGAAGCCCGCUCUUCCUCUGCGCCAUCAACGAAGACCCGCUGCUGGCGUCGCCGCUGCCGGUGGACACGCGGGCCAUGAAGCUGUGCAUGGAGCUGCUGAUGGCGGCGGGCGUGACGCUCGAGUCAACCGACGACGAAGGACUCUCGGCCCUCGAGCACAAUUUGUGCGUGGACGUGGCCAAGUGCCGCGUCCUCCUCGACGUCGGCAUGCGUCUCGAUACGCUGUACGAAGGUGCUAACAGCAUCUUGCAUUUGGCUUGCGACAGCGCGAGCAUGACGGUCAGCUACGACUUGCUCUCGCUCCUGCUCGAGUACGGCGCGCAGCCCAACGCAGUCAAUGCCGAUGGCAACACGCCGCUGCACUUGCUCUGCCUCCAGUACAUUGCCGAUAGAGAUGCUGCGCAGUUUCGAAUCGACGCCGUCGUCGUGCGCGCGAUGGAGCUGCUGGUCGCGCACGGUGCGCGCUUCAACUUGACGAAUGCCAUCGGCGCCAGUGUCGAGAUGCUCCUCGAGGCCCACCAGAUUCCGAUGAAAAUCGGAAAGGCGCUCGUGCUCUGGCAGAGCAAGCGGCGCAUUCUGGCGUCGCCCCGCGUCCUGUCGCGCGCCGACGGGCCCAAGCAAGAGCAGAUCGUGUUGAUGCAGAUGCCCACACCAGUGGCGCCGCCAACUCAAUGCGGCAUCUGCCACUGGCAGUGCGAGUGGACACCGUCCUCGAGCUUCUUUGAGGUGAGCGGGUCGGCGCCGCGAUGGGAGGCGCCGAGCACGCGCCUCAUCGGGCUCUACAACUGCUCGGUGUGCUUGACGCCGGUCUGCGGACUCUGCUCGCUCAAGCACCUCGGCGUGUACCACGUGCAUGAUUCCAACUACCUCGACUUACCACCGUCGCUGCAGACCAAGCCUGUUUGCGACGGCUGCUACAAUUUUGCAUUUUACGACUUGGCGCGCGAAGUGGCGGCGUCCAAGAUCGAGACGCCGCUGUCGUCCCGCCGUCGACCGCGCACGCGAUCGCUCCAAGGACUCCGCCUCUUGUAGUCUGAGCAACAAAGCCUUCCAUUCUUCUAUCUCCACCGUCCGAGCCAGUCGAAUCGAAAUGGUGUACGAGACCUUUGCACUAAACUAGCUUUAUGGUCACUGCGCUCUGCGAACGUUAUGC